CUCAGAUUCAGGCGUACUCAUUAAUGAGUGAAGGAUCAAAAGGUGGGACGGUGGCCAAGAAGCAAUGGAGAAUAAAAGCUUAGAAGGCUCGCCAUCAGAUCUAAAGUUAGUGGCUCAUCCAAGAGCAAAGAGUAAAGUAUGGAAGUACUUUGGGUUUGAUACUAAUGCAGAAGGAUGCAUAUUACAGUGGAAGAAAAUCUAUUGCCGCAUCUGCAUGGCCCAAAUUGCCUAUUCAGGAAACACGUCCAACCUUUCAUACCACCUUGAGAAAAAUCAUCCUGAUGAGUUCUGCGAAUUUGUGAAAAGUAACACUGAGCAAAUGAGGGAAGCAUUUGCUACUGCAUUUUCAAAACUGAAGCCAGAAUCAUCACAGCAGGUUGUUCAAGACACUUUAAUUAUGAAGACCAGCCACAAUUAUGAAAACAAAAAGCAUCAAGAAUUGACUGCUGCUGUGAUUAGCCUAAUUUGUGAGGGCAUGUAUCCUUCCUCUAUUGUUGAUGAACCCACAUUCAAGGCACUUUUGAGAACAGCUGAUCCUAGAUAUGAACUUCCUAGCAGGAAAUAUUUCUGCACAAAAGCAAUUCCCGAAAAAUACAAUGGUAUUAGAGAAAUUGUGUUAAAAGAACUUACUGAAAUUCUAUGGUGUGGCAUAUCCACUGAUAUGUGGAGAAGUGAAAACCAGAAUAGAUCGUAUGUAACACUCGCAGUUCAUUUUCUGAACAGUAGCCCUUCUAACUGUCUGGCUGUUAACUCCCGGUGUUUAAAAACAUUUGAAGUGCCGGAGGAAAAUACUGCAGAGACUAUUACACGAGUCCUCUAUGAAAUCUUUAUUGAAUGGGGGAUCAAUACAAAAGUCUUUGGUGCUACAACAGAUUAUGGUAAAGACAUUGUGAAAGCUUGCUCUCUCCUAGAUAUUCCCGUACAAAUGCCUUGUUUGGGGCAGACUUUUAAUGCAGGAAUACAACAAGCUUUUCAGCUUCCAAAACUGUGCAGCCUCCUUGCCAGGUGCCGAAAACUGGUGGAAUAUUUUCAGCAAUCCACGGUCGCAAUGUACAUGUUAAGUGAGAAGCAGAAGCAACAAAAUGUUCUCCACUGUAUGCUUGUAAGUGAUCGUGUUUCCUGGUGGGGAAGCACACUUGCCAUGUUGCAACGUCUUAAAGAACAGCAGUUUGUAAUUGCAGCAGUUCUUGUGGAGGACAGCAAUAACCACCAUCUGAUGCUGGAAGCCAGUGAAUGGAAUACAAUUGAAGGCCUGGUGGACCUACUUCAACCCUUUAAGCAGGUUGCUGAGAUGAUGUCUGCUUCAAAAUAUCCAACAAUCAGUAUGGUGAAACCCCUCCUCCACAUGCUUCUAAAUACCACAUUGAACAUCAAAGAGAAUGAUUUGAAAGAAAUUAGCAUGGCCAAGGAAGUGAUAGCCAAAGAGUUAUCAACAACAUACCAGCAUACACCUGAGAUAGACAUGUUUCUCAAUGUUGCAACUUUUCUGGACCCUAGGUACAAAAAACUACCUUUCCUUUCAGCAUUUGAACGACAACAGGUAGAAAACAGAGUGGUGGAGGAAGCAAAAAGCCUUUUGGAAAAAGUAAAAGAAAACACUUUCAGGCCUGAAGAAAAGUUCUUUACAGUGUCAGAAGAGCCACCUGUGAAAAAAAUAAUCAUCUCCUCUACUCCUCCCCCUACCAGCGCAAUCAAUAACAUGCUUGCGGAAAUCUUUUGCCAGACAGGAGGGGUGGAAGACCAAGAGGAAUGGCAUGCUCAGAUUGUUGAGGAAUUGAGCAACUUUAAAUCACAAAAGGUUCUUGGUCUAAAUGAAGACCCCCUUAAGUGGUGGUCUGACAGACUAGCAUUAUUUCCUGUUUUACCAAAGGUACUUCAGAAAUAUUGGUGUAUUCUAGCCACAAGAGUCUUCCCUGAACGCCUUUUUGGUUCCUCUGCUAAUGUUGUAAGUGCUAAGAGAAACCGGUUAGCCCCAGCUCAUGUUGAUGAGCAGAUCUUUUUGUACGAAAACACUCGCAAUGUGUCUGAAGCAGAACCUGAAGAUGAGGAUGAAGGCGAGUGGGGCUUGGAACAGGAACAGAUUUUUAAUUUAAAUGACACAGUUAAUGUGAGCAGCAAUUUCUUUAAUAUCCGAGACAGUGGGUUCAUUUAACAGGAAUACUAUGGUACAUUAAAUAACAAAGAAAAGUUUACCCUACACAAAAUGGAAAUGUCGCUAUAGUGACUGGAGGUGCUAAAGGAAUUGGUUAUCAUACUGUGAAGCAUUUGGCAAGACUUGGCAUGCAUGUUAUACUAGCUGGAAACGAUGAAAGUGAAGGCCAAGAAGCGGUGAGGAAAAUAAAAGAAGAAACUGUGAAUGAAAAAGGCUAAAAGAACAAACCAUACGAGAAAGGAGUUCUGGUUUCUGUUCUCUGCUCUGCUACUGAUGCACUGCAAGACCGUGGGCAAGUCACUUAGGGCC